AUGAAAUCUAAAUUGUAUAAAGCAUUUAGUUUACAGGGUAAUUAUAACUGGAUAGGCGAUACUCUUAAUAAUGUUAUUUACGAAUACAAUCACACUUAUCAUCAAACUAUUGGUGAAAUUCCAGCCAAUGUUAAUAAUAAAAGUAAAAAACGUAAGAACGUAAAGAAUGAUAAUGAAAAACGUUUGUCUUCUAGUGAAAACAGUUGGAUCGAUAAGUCAAAUAUAUUGUAA